AUGGCGACACAACCAGACAACUACUAUGACAUUGUCAUCGUCGGUGCCGGCCCUGUAGGCCUCAUGCUCUCCACCUGUCUCUCACGAUGGGGUUACAAGAUCAAGCACAUCGACAACAGGCCCGAGCCCACCGCCACCGGCCGUGCCGAUGGUAUCCAGCCCCGAUCCCUUGAUCUGCUUCGGAACAUGGGUCUCAAGUCCGCCAUCAUGGCCCACAAGCCCGCGCGCGUGUACGAGGUUGCCUUCUGGGAUCCUCCCAAGACCGGCGGUGGCAUCGUUCGCACCGGCACCUGGCCCAGCUGCCCCGAGUUCAUCGACGCCCGCUACCCCUUCACCACCCUCCUGCACCAGGGUCUGAUCGAGCGCGUGUUCAUCGCCGACCUUGAGAAGAACGGCACCGAGAUCCAGCGCCCCUGGACCAUCACCGGCUUCACCUCUGACGAGAAGGCCGACCCGACCUACCCCGUGACCGUCCAGCUCGCGCACGUCGACGACAGCAGCAAGACGGAGACGGUCAAGGCCAAGUACCUCUUCGGCGGCGAGGGCGCCCGCUCCUUCAUCCGCGACCAGCUCAAGAUCGGCAUCACGCACAAGGACCCCAUCUCGUACGUGUGGGGCGUCAUGGACGGCGUCGUCAAGACCGACUUCCCCGACAUGAAGAUGAAGUGCACCAUCCACUCGGAGCACGGCUCCAUCAUGGUCAUCCCGCGCGAGGCCAACAUGGUGCGCCUGUACAUCCAGAUCGCCUCCUCCACCGACGCCGACUUCCACCCCCGCAAGACCGCCACCGAGGAGGAAGUCCAAGCCGCCGCCAAGCGCAUCCUGGCCCCUUACUCCAUCGAGUGGGAGCGCGUCGAGUGGUACUCCGUCUACCCGAUCGGCCAGGGUAUUUCCGACAAGUACACCCUUGACCACCGCGUCUUCCUCGGCGGCGACGCGUGCCACACGCACAGUCCCAAGGCGGGCCAGGGCAUGAACACGGCCUUCCUCGACGCUUUGAACCUGGCAUGGAAGAUCCACGCCGUCGAAGGCGGUCUUGCAGAGCGCCACAUUCUCGAGACGUACGAGCCCGAGCGCAAGGACGUGGCCGAGACUCUUCUUGCCUUCGACAACAAGUACGCCAAGCUCUUCUCGCAGCGUCCCGACGCGGCCUCCACCGCGCAGGCCACCGCCUCGGGCGUUUCCCACGGCAACCCGGACGCCAAGCAGUCCGCCGAAGAAAACGAGUUCAUCAAGACCUUCAAGGAAUCAUGCGAGUUCACCUCCGGGUACGGCGUCUUCUACAAGCCCAACGCGCUCAACUACUCCUCGUCGCACCCAGCCUCGAGCGCUUCCGCCGCCGCAGAAGCCGCCAACACCACCAAGCUGGUGCCGGGCCGCCUUUUCAUCAACAGCACCGUAACCCGCGUCGUCGACGCCAACGUCGUUCACCUCGAGCAAGAGAUCCCGCUCAACGGCUCUUUCCGUCUCUUCAUCUUCGCCGGCUCCCUCACCAAUCCCUCGCAGAAGACCGCUUUGGAGUCCCUGGCCGCCGGCCUCUCCAAGCCCGACAGUUUUUUCGCGCGCUUCAAGCGUGCCGACAUCGACAGCGUCAGCCACCACGAGCGCCACAACCCGCACAGCAAGUUCUUUACGCUCGCUACCGUGUUCGCGGCCAAGCGCACCGAGGUCGAGAUCAGCCGCGACUUGCCCGAGCUGUUGGCUCGCUACAGGGAUAACGUGUAUGCGGACGACCGGUGGGAUCGUCGCGUUCCUGACGCCAAGGCGGCGGCGCACGCGAAGAUGGGCUUUGAUGAGGAGAAGGGCGGUGUUGUUGUUGUGAGACCUGAUGGAUAUGUCGGCUUUGUUUGCAAGCUUGAGGAGGGCGAGAAGACGGUUGAGGCGCUGGAGAAGUACUUUGGUGCUUUUAUUAGCAAGCAGUAA